GUUGAUGCAUUACCAUGGCAAAUUCAAAAUUCGAGUAUGUCAAGCAAUUUGAGCAGCCCGACGUCUUGCUCCCAAAUACGUGGAUUGUAGUCCGGAUUGAUGGCAGAGGCUUCCACAGAUUCUCAGAUCGCUAUUGCUUCCAAAAGCCCAAUGACCGUCGCGCAUUGGAUCUGAUGAAUAAUGCAGCUGUUGAGGUGAUGAAGGAACUUCCGGAUCUGAACAUCGCCUACGGAGUCAGCGAUGAGUAUAGCUUCGUAUUCCAUCCAAGUUGUCAACUUUUUGAACGGCGGAGUGCAAAACUUGUUACGACUAUUGUGUCUACAUUUACAGCUCAUUAUAUAUUUAAAUGGGAUACCUACUUCCCCGGCACCCCUCUAGAGCCGCCGUACUUACCCUCCUUUGAUGGACGGGCGGUCGUGUAUCCGACUAUUUGGAACUUGAGAGAUUAUAUGAGUUGGAGACAGGUUGAUUGUCACAUCAAUAAUCUUUAUAAUACAACUUUCUGGACCAUGGUCCAGAAAGGCGGCAUGAGCAACACAGAUGCAGAGCUUGAAUUGAAGGGAACCGUAUCUUCGGACAAAAACGAGAUCCUCUUUAAAAGAUUCGGGAUCAAUUAUAAUAACGAGCCCGAAAUUUAUAAGAAGGGCAGCGUUGUUUACCGUCAGUAUCAACUAGAGGAACCUGGACACAGGCCAGAUCCCAGCGGCACACAAGAAAGAAGCCUAGAGGAAGCGGAAACUGGGUUUGCACAAGACGCAAAGUCUUCCAAAACUCAGCAGGAGAAGCUUAGGAAGUUGCGCCGAAAGGCGCAGGUCGUGGUUGAUCAUGUGGAUAUCAUCAAGGAUGAGUUCUGGGAGAGAAGGCCUUGGAUUCUUUCCAAUAAGCCCGGUAAAUUGCCAGCAGAUGGUUGACUGGGAGUUUCCUUCUUCUGAUAUCAUUGCGCUGAGCUGAGACACGGAGCAAUUCGACAACAGUCAUGAAUUGGGGUAUCAAGAUUCUAUGGAUAAUGAAAAUAUAUGCAUGUUGCAAUGUGCAGUAUACAGCACAAAUAUAACCGUCGACCAGACCUAAUCCGAGGUGGAUUUCUUCUUUUUGUCCUUUUUGUCUUUCUUUGCCUUCUUGGGCUCCUUGCUCGUGCUUAGUCCGGGGUCGGCAUUUUCGUCUGUCUUUAAUUUCUUGCUCUUCUUGGAUUCCUUCUUGUGUUUCUUGUCUUUCUUCUCCUUCAGAGUCUUUCCUAUUGCUGCCGACUCGUCCUGUCCACUGGAAUCCGUCUGUUCCUGUUCUGUCGAUGCUGGUGUCGGAUAAUCCGCCUCAGCAGAUAUGAGAGUUUCCUUUCUCCGGCGCCUUUCCUUCUUCUUUUUCUCAGUCUUCGAUGAUGACUUUGUUUUCGAGCCGUCCUUGCUAUCCUCUGCUUUCCUCUUCCGUUUUUCCUCCUUUCUUCUCCGUCGUCGCUCCUCUUUAUCCUCCUUGCUGGCCUCAUCUGAAGAACACCGCUCAGAUGAAACUCCCUCCUUGUCUUUUUUCUUCUUCUUGUCUUCCCUUUUCUUUUCCUUCUUCCGCAUCUUAGCCUCCUUCACCUCAUCAUCAGAAUCAACCCUCUUCCUCUUCCCCUUCCCAGACUUCUCCCCAUCAUUAUUAUCCCCCAUAGCUCCUUCUGCCCCUUGUCCAUGUCCGCACUCACGCCGAAUAGUCCCCUCCAAAACCUCUCCCCGCACAAAAAACCGGUAAAGCUCACUCGUCAACGCAUUCGCCGAUGAAGCACCGCCAUUAUCCCGCUGUUCGCUACCUACACCCUUCAGCGCAUCCUCGAAGCCACGCAGCCACCACUGAUUCGUUGGGUCCUUGGUCGUCUUCUUGCCCACGCCGUGGUUGUUGUUCUUUCGGGAUACGAGGAUCGGGCGCGUUAGUCCUAGGCCGCCGUGUGGGUGGUGUUUGCUGUUGGGGUUUAGAGGGUUGCCGGGUCCGGACCAGCCGUGGCGGAUUAGGUAGGCUUGGGCAUCCAUUUUUCUUUUUUCUUUUUCUUUUUGGGGGUUGGUGUUGGGUGUGCGUGUGGUUUUUUGGCUGGAGGUGCGAUAAGGGAUGGAUUGUUUUCUGUCGAGAUUUUCAGUAGGUGCGAUUCUAUGUCAUUUCGUCUUUUGUGUUUGCUUUGUAUUUAUUUUGAGGGAGGUAUUAGAAUAAAUGAUAUAGGGAAGAG